AUGCCAAAUCCUCCUCAAACCAAAAGUAGUUACAAAACUCAGAAGAGACGGCAGGAGCGAAAGAGAGAAGCUGCCAGACAAGCUGAGGCUAUCACGCGGCUCACUGAAGAGAAUGAGGAGCUCAAAGUCAAGGCACUGCGCGUACAGCGGCUCGAAGACUGGGAUUCGGGGUCGAAAAAGAAUGAGGAUCGCCUCCUGAGAACAUUAGAGGAGAGUCGGAAGGAGAUUGCUAAUCUUCGGGGGGAACUUAAUAAACUCAAGGCAACUCAAAACAAGCCUCCGGUUCACGAAUUGGAGAGCAAAGGAGCGGAAUCUACCUCAUCACCGAGAACGCCUAUGUCAACUCCGGGUCGAAAGUCCAAAAGCCGUGCCAUUCACCAAUCGCCAGUGUCGGCUAGCACUGUUGGUAGUCUGGGUACCUCCUCGGUCUGUCCGACUACACCUAUCACACCGGUUCCUGACCAGUCUACUAAAGCAGUGGUAGGGGAGAACGCUAGGCCACAAGAACAGAAAGUCGCUGAUGUGAAGGCAAAGACCCGUAUAAAGGCGAUAUCUUUUGAGGCCCACGCGGAGCGCGUGGGGAGUGUCAGCGUUUUGGAGCUGAUAAAUGUGAUAGGGCAUGAUAUCAAAAUUAAAGGAGUCAUAAAUAAGGACUACUUACCGCCUAUUCUUGUACCACCUAAUUCCUCGAAGAAGUUGAAGAUUCCAGAAAAGUUCCUUCGCAAGCAUGCAAAGGCCAAGUUUUUGACGUUGGAAUAUCACAAAAAUAGUGGAAUCGAAUAUCUCGCAGUGGAUCUCGGAAGGAGCUGA